AUGGUGAGAUUAUUAGCCUGUUCUCUCAGCCUGGUGGCAGCAAUACAUGCGCUUCCGAACGUCCUCUUCAAAGACGUUGUGAUUAUUGGCGGUGGUGCUUCAGGCUCCUAUGCCGCGGUCCGCCUUCGUGAAGACUUUGGAAAGUCCAUUACCCUGGUUGAGAAGGACGAAAUCCUCGGCGGUCACGUUGACUCGUACGUCGACACCAAGACGGGCACGCCGUACGACUUUGGCGUCAAGGCAUUUAUCCAGGCGGGCAACGCGACGGGUUUCUUUGAUCGGCUGGGCGUCCCACGCGGCCGCAGUUCCAAGACCCCCGUCAACACGACGUACAUUGAUUUCAAGAGCGGCAAGGUGCUGGACUUUGCGCCGCCCCCGUCCGCCGCCCAGCUCGACGCCUUGGCCGACUUUCUGCGCGUCGUCGAGCCGUGGGAGCAUCUCUUGCAGCCGGGCUAUUUCGACUUUCCGGAGCCAAGCCAUAUUCCUGGAGAUCUUCUCGUCCCCUUUGGCGACUUUGUGUCGAGGCAUGGGCUUGAGCGUGCCAUGCCAUUCAUAUACCAGACCACGGGUCUUGGGGUCGGCAACAUGACCAAGGCAAUUACACUGUUCGCGCUGCAGGCAUUCGGUGCGUCCAUGGCCCGGUCGGCUCUUGGGCUGCAAGACUCCUUUGUGCCAGCUUCAGGGCGGAAUCAGGAUCUAUACGACGCCGUGGCCGCCGUCCUCGGCAGCGAUGUCUUGUACGCCAGCAAAGUGGUCAACACUAUCCGCACCAACCUCGGCGUCAUUAUCACAGUCAGGCACUUGAAGUCCGGGAGGCUCACCUACGUUGCUGCCAAGGCUCUCUUGAUUGCUAUUGAACCGACAGGGGAUAACACGGGGCCGUUUAGUCUGGACCUCGAUGAGAAGCACAUUCUCUCCAGGUUCACUUACACGCGCGAGUACACGGGCAUCAUUGACAAUACCGCCCUCGCUGCACACGCAAGCUACUUCAACCUUCCCUUUGAUGCAGCGCCAAACAACUACCUUUCGUACCCUGAGCCGCCGUUCACUGCCCGCAUCGACUACAUGGGUUCGGGGCACUACUUCCGCGUGACUGUCAUUGGCGACGACAAGCUUGACGACAAAGGUGCGAAGGCGUUGGUGGACAAGGACUUUGCGACUCUUGUCAAUGCUCAUGUGCUCCGGGGUUCUGCUGCCGAAAAAGUCCACUGGGUGGCCUUUUCUACUCACGGACCGAUGCAUGCAAGAGUGUCAGUCGGGGAUGUCCGGCGAGGCUUCUUCCAGAAACUGUACGCGUUGCAGGGGAGACGGUCGACUUGGUGGACUGGCGGCGCGUGGUCGGUCAAUUUCCAGUCGGCGCUGUGGCAGUACGACGACAUCAUCGUGCCCAUGAUGCUUCGGGGGUAG